CAGCUGGCGGCCGGCGCCUCCCCCGCCGCGGGGGUGAAAAGCGCCGAGUGCCCGCUAUGGGGACCGGGACCCUGCCCCAGCCCAGAGGGACGGCCGAGCCCGCGGGACGUCCGGCGACCCGUUAAAGGAUCUGUCAUACUGAACUCUGCUUUGAAAGACUGGGAAGCCUCUUCUGUAUAGAAUUGAAAUAGACAUUUGACAGCUGUCUUGAAUAAAAAAUAAGGCAAAAAUGUCCGUCAUAGAUCCUUAUCAACACAUUGUGGUGGAACACCAGUAUUCACACAUAUUCACUGUGACAGUAAGGAAAGCCACAAAUGUCACCAAAGGAGCGAUUGGUGACAUGCUUGACACUCCAGAUCCCUAUGUGGAGCUGUUCAUCCCAUCUGCCCCUGAUUGCAGGAAGAGAACGAAACAUUUCAAUAACGAUGUGAAUCCUGUGUGGAACGAGACCUUUGAGUUCAUUUUGGACCCCAACCAAGAGAACGUUCUUGAGGUUACUUUGAUGGAUGCCAACUAUGUUAUGGAUGAGACUCUUGGCACGUCCACGUUUCCUAUAUCUUCUCUGAAACUAGGAGAGAAGAAGGAGGUCCAGUUAACUUUCAAUGACGUCACAGAAAUUACUUUGGAAUUGUCUCUUGAAGUAUGCUCUUCAACUGAUCUCCGGUUCAGCAUGGCUCUGUGUGAUGAGGAGAAGAAAUUUCGGCAACAGCGAAAAGAUAAUAUCAUGCACAGUAUGAAAUCAUUUCUAGGAGAGGAAAACAGCAAGAACUUGACGACCUCUCGUGAUGUACCAGUGAUAGCGAUAUUGGGUUCAGGAGGUGGAUUUCGUGCCAUGGUAGGGUUUGCUGGAGUCAUGAAAGCACUUUAUGAAUCAGGAAUUUUAGACUGUGUGACUUACAUUGCUGGUCUCUCAGGAUCCACCUGGUACAUGUCAACUUUGUAUUCACACCCGGAUUUUCCAGAAAAAGGACCAAAGGAGAUUAAUCAAGAAUUGAUGAACUCUGUGAGUCACAACCCACUUCUGCUGCUCACUCCUCAGAAAGUCAAACGCUACAUCGAAGCACUGUGGAAUAAGAAAAGCUCAGGGCAGCCUGUCACCUUCACAGAUAUCUUUGGAAUGCUAAUAGGUGAAACACUUAUCCAUAAUAGAAUGGACACUACUUUGAGCAACAUGAAGGAGAAAAUCAAUAACGCACAAUGUGCUCUCCCUCUUUUUACAUGUCUCCAUGUCAAACCAGAUGUCUCAGAGCUGAUGUUUGCAGACUGGGUAGAAUUUAGUCCCUAUGAGAUUGGUAUGGCAAAGUAUGGCACUUUUAUGUCUCCUGAUUUGUUUGGAAGCAAAUUUUUUAUGGGGACAGUGGUGAAGAAGUAUAGUGAAAAUCCCUUGCAUUUCUUGAUGGGUGUGUGGGGCAGUGCAUUUUCUAUAUUAUUUAACAGAGUGCUUGGCGUCUCCAAUUCUCAGAAUAAAGGUCCCACCAUGGAAGAAGAAUUAGAAAACAUUAGGCUGAAGCACCUUGUAAGCAAUGACAGUUCAGACAGCGAAGAUGAAUCACAGCGUCCAAAAGGCACUGAAAAUGCUGAGGGGAAUCAAGAAUACCAGAACAGCAGCCAAGAAAGCUGGGUGCAGCGAAUGCUGAUGGCUUUAGUGGGUGACAGUGCCCUUUUCAACACCAGGGAAGGGCGCGCUGGGAAAGUGCACAACUUCAUGCUGGGGUUGAACCUCAACAGCUGCUACCCGCUCUCUCCUCUGGCAGACCUUCUCACUCAGGAGUCCGUGGAGGAAGACGAACUCGAUGCAGCUGUUGCAGAUCCUGAUGAGUUUGAGAGGAUAUAUGAGCCACUAGAUGUGAAGAGCAAAAAGAUUCAUAUAGUGGACAGUGGACUUACAUUUAACCUGCCAUACCCACUUAUCUUAAGACCCCAAAGAGGCGUCGAUCUCAUCAUCUCUUUUGAUUUUUCAGCGAGGCCAAGUGAUUCCAGUCCUCCUUUCAAAGAAAUUUUGCUUGCUGAAAAAUGGGCCAAAAUGAACAAGCUUCCUUUCCCCAAAAUAGACCCAAACGUAUUUGAUCGGGAGGGCAUGAAAGAGUGCUAUGUUUUCAAACCAAAGGAUACCUCUUCAGAGAAAGACUGUCCAACUAUAAUCCAUUUUGUUUUGGCCAACAUCAACUUCCGGAAGUACAAAGCUCCAGGCGUUCCAAGAGAAACACAGGAAGAGAAGGAUUUUGCAGACUUUGACAUUUUUGAUGAUCUGAAUACACCAUUCUCUACAUUCAACUUCCAGUAUUCCAACGAGGCUUUCAGGAGGCUUCAUGAUCUAAUGGAGUUCAACACCCUCAACAACAUAGACGUGAUCAAGGAAGCUAUGAUGGAAAGCAUUGAAUACAGGAAAGAGAAUCCAUCUCGCUGCUCCGUGUCUCUUAGCAGUGUUGAAGCAAGGAGGUUCUUUAAUAAGAGCAAUCUUAACAACAACCAUACGUAGAGGAUGCCUCGUGGGUCCCACUCCUUCAAGAAACUGGUUCUGCCUUUAUAACUGGAGUCAAAAAGAAAAAGACAUCAUCAGAGCAUCCCUGCUCCUCAACAGGGCGGUGCAAAACUCCUGAAAACAUUUUCUUGUGAAUUUUCAAGUUCCGAUAUAAUUUUGUACUUCUUUUUUUUUUUUUUUUUUUCAACUAAACACAUUGAAAACAUUUCAGUAUGCUGAUAGCCUUAUCUUAAAGAGUACGGAAGUAGUUUGACUAUGAUCAGUGGGUUCAGUGUCUUUUGUUUUUUCCUUACAAAAUUGUAAACACUGGUUUCUCGUAGUGGGGCAGUUGUCUGAUUUUAAUUCAUAUAAACCGGGCAUAUCUUGAAACACACAAUGGAAUUAGAAACACAACAGAAUAAAACUUUAGUAACAGAGACAAUAUGUAUGGCUGGGCCUGGGCCCAGACCCCCCUUUGCUUUGUAUCGAUAAGAAGAUCUCCUCUGACUUUGGUUUGAAAGCUCAAUAAUUGCUAACUACUGCCAGGCAGCAGCAGCCCCCCGGUGUAUUCGGUCGCUUGGCUGCUUACUGGCUCUGUUCAAGUUGAUUUCUCAUCCUGAAAGGGGUUUGGUUCACUCAUAACCAAAGGCUUUGUAUUGGCCUUACCCAAACCCCGCUAUCAAGCUGCGUUUCACAUUUCGCUUUUCUGGCUCUUAAAAAACAAAAACAAACAAACAAACAAACAAAAAAAACCAACAAACUUUUGAUAACAAACAAGUAUCAAAGAAAUGGGGUUUAUAUGUCUUUGAUAAUAGAAGUAGAAUCCUCAGCUGGUUAUUAAUGCCAGUAGAGCUUUUGUAACUGAUGCUAAGAAGGAUCUGCUCUUGAAUCCUUUAAUCUCAAAUAUUUUCAAAAAUACUGAAGUCCGCUUUACUGCCGUUUAAACAACGUAUGUAUCCACUCAGCAAAAGCUCCAGCCUCUUAUGUUUUCUUUUUCUCUUUUGUUCCACAAAAUUACACCACUUGACUUCUUGGGCUAGUAGCACCCGUGGGUUAAAUUAUUGUUAGUUCGCGUAUUGCUGACCAAAAUGUUUCUAGAUAAAUUCAGUGUGAUUUUGCAUUUGAUGACGAUUAAAAGCAUCACAUUUCUGUAAA